GUUAGGAUGGUCCCUCUACCCCCUUCUGGCCAAUCAGAACAACAAACGAUCAGCUGAUCUAACCGCCACAAUUCCAUUUAUACACAGUGGUCGAUGAUGUGACAAAAGUGGCCAAGAAAAUUGUAAAUCGAAAAUCAAACGAAGGAUAAACCUACAACACCAACUAUGAGGAGAGCCCAAACGGUUGUCAGAGCUCGAACUCCAGACAGAAUAGAUGCAGUAUCAAGAGCUCGAAAUCGUGGACAAGUCAGAUGUCGAGCGACGAUGGCACCAACAGAUUUUGCAAUACCAGGUGCACCGGUGCCCAGAAGAAACCCGUCGGUGCCAGCGAAUUUGCUGGACAGCACCAGGCGUUUUGAAUCCGACGCACCCAACAACGAGCUGAGCUUGCUCUACGACAAAUACGUCCAAACACUGGCAGAAGAGCACAUCGUCAAGCAGAAGAUUCACGAGAGGGAGAAAGUAAUAGUGACGCAGUUAUCAGCUUUGGCGAAGGAGCAAGAGCAGUGCGAGCAAAAACUUCAUAGCAUUAGAAUGAAACAGUUUGAGGUUUCUGCAUUAAAUGACAUUCAGAGGGGUUCAGACGCCCAAAUCAAGGAAAUUACAGCCCUUCUGAAAACUUAUCAGGGCAAACCUGUGGAAACGCUCGGUCAGAUUCAGUCAAUACUCAAAUCCUUGGAUACUCUCACUUGCAAAGAUGUCAUAAUUCCGAAAACAACAGAGGACAUGGAGAAAUUCUUAGCUACCCUCAAGGAGUGCAAUGACUUUUUGAUCUUCGUGAAUUCAACGAUUGGAGAAAAAGGAAAGACGGUGAAUAAGGGCAACCAGGGUCUCAAAAAUUUCAUCCAGAUUCAUGAGAAUCUCCAAAAACACGUAAAGAAUUUGGAAGAUUCUAUCGAGGUUGUCCAGACAGAAGUGUUGAAGACCUUUUCGGCAGCUCUUCCACACCACUAGAAUCCAAUAAUAUUUAAUUCGCAAUACAACUACUUUACUUAUAAUUUUUUCACAAAUAAACCAAAUUGUUUGAUAAAA